CACUUCUACUUAGACAGUGGAAAAUGAUACCAUAUUUCACAACUGUAGCUGAGCUAAGAGUCAUUUAACGCAAAGCAUACAAAAUUAUCUAUCUAAAUAGGGACACAACUAGACAAAUUUAUUUGGGAUACCAUAUGUUUAUUAUGUUAUGUGAAAUUUGCUUAAGUGCAUGCAAUAUCCAUAUAAUAUAGAAGAUUUAGAUUUAGGGCUAGAAAAAGCCGUUCUGGAAAAAUAACACCCAGCAGUCUAUCAUCUGAUUGCAAAUCUUUUAUUCUCUGUGGAUAGCUGGCCAUAUCACAAAAGCUCACCAUAACUGGCAUUUAUUCACAUGCCUUUUUCACAGUCUCUGAAGCAAAGCCUGCCUAGCAUUUUGCUUUGUCCUGGAAUUAAACUAUGCAAUUAAGACAAGUAGAAGCUUCCUGAACCCCUCUAGAGGCCAGGCAAAGAUGCCCAUCUCCUUAACAGGGCAAGGUUUUACACUGUACAUUUGGACCAGACAGAGAAAGUGACUCUGAAACCUCCCAUACAGGCUCUUCCUUGAAGCUUUUCCAGCCUUAUUUUCUUCUGCUGAAGUGAUUAGGAGACACUCUGUCAGGAUCACAAGGUUUAUUAAAAUACAACCCACAAGACUAUUGCUUUUUGUCACUGGCUGAAACACCACAAACAGUGACUAAAAAACCACUGUGUGUUCACAGACUCACAGAAGUCAAUGAGAACAGAUUUAACUUCUGCUUUCUCAUUUAAAGAAGGGCUAUGUUUCUGACAUUGGGUUUUCACAUACAAAUUGCUAACCUGUCAUGCUUUUGAACAGACUUUUUUUUUAGGUCACUAUGAAAAGCAGGCAAGGUUGCUGCAAAAUGCACACCAUUUUAUUCUCUUGCAAAUUAAAGAGAAAUUAAUUUCUUCCCUUUUCUCCUUUGACAUCAGACAUUCUCUGUCAAGUGGCAGAAACACACCCACGCAUAUGCCAUAGAAAUAUAACACUUGACUAUUGUUAUAAUUUAUAUACUCCAUUUAUUAAUUUCAUAAAGGAUGUAGCAAAGCAACAAAAAAUUUCAGACUGAAUAAAACAUGAUCGGUCCCUAUAGCUUGAGGAGACUCUGACUCCUGCCAGCUCUAAGUCUUUAGCCUGCAGGGAAAAAAUAUUGAUGCCAGAAGGUCCAGCUGAUUGCAACUACCUGGCACAAAGAUCCUGUCCUCUUCCAUCCCUGUACAACAGUCAGUGUACCAGAAGCCAGGAAAUUUGAAGAUGUCCCUGCUCAUUGCAGGGGCAUUGGACUAGAUGACCUUUAAAGGUCCCUUCCAACCCAAACUGUUCUAUGAUUCUGUAAUAAACUGGAUGUUUCAGGGUGAUAUAUAUAGUAAACAGCAGAAAUAACCUCCCCCCAAGUGCUGAGCCUCUUCAAUAGCCUUCCACCACCCAGAUGGCACGCAGCACAUCUCAUUCUGAAGGCCUGAUAUGUACCACGGAACUGACAAGUGAAAUAUUCAUCUUCGCUACCAAAAUGUCAUCUUUAAAUAACAGGAGGAGUGGUUUCUAGCUGGUUCACACUCCUCAGCUAACACAGAGCAAAUAUUUGGGCAUUCACCUUAUGUAAAAGGAAUGCCUGCAGGAGAGCAGCACCCAUGUCUCUCCCUUCAUCCCACUGUGCAAAGGAGGUGUUAGAAGAAAAGGAGGGGGAGGGCUGCAGUUCCUCCGAAUUCUGGUGAAUCCUGUGUAACAGAAUAUGUUCUAAACCAACCUGGACAUCAAACUAUAAAUGAAUGUUGGAUAGCAAUAAAUCACCCCAAAGGCUUGUGUCAAAUGGUCCCCUUUUAGCAUUAAGCCAUGAAAUGCCUGGCUAAUAGCUUAGGUGUUUACCACUGUUAUUCAUUUCUUACUGUUGAGGAUAGAACAACCAUUUAUUUAUUAACAGAAGUUGCAAUUUAAGACACUGGCUGCCUUGUAUCAUUAUUAUAUUGGUACCACCUAGUUAUCCUCACCUGUAUCAGUUUUCCUUGGUAAUGUCAUUGAUUUAACUGGGUUCACUUCUGAUUUGCACUGGCCUAACUGAACAGAAUAUCAGACAACUAGUUUGCAUGAAUAAUUCUCCCUCCUCACCGCUGGCAAAUGACCCUCUGAGCAGACAUAAAAGUACUAUGUAUAUUGAAUAAAUGAACACUCAAUGCCAUCUGCUGGGGUAUACAAAACUCUGCAUAUCAGGCUCAUGCAGUAUUCAGACCUUAAAAGAACAAUGGUGACAACUAUAAAGAGGCUGUUUAGGUAAAGACUGGGGUUUUUUCAAAACACAGCUGGAAGGCAGGGCUCUGGGAUGCUACCCAUCCUUCACACACUUCAACACGGGGUACAACACCUCGGCAAGACAUGGGUCUAGUUUUAAGUCUCUCUCCUUGGCAUAAAACAGUUUCAGUCCACAGUUCUUCCUUCCUCCUAAGCAUUAGAGCAUGCUGCAAUUGUAUAUUAUAGGUUAAACUUAAUAGAAACACCUUCAUGCUCUGCUUUUGAAAUCAGGUUAUUAUGUAGCCACAGAUGCAAGCUCUGUGAGGCUGCAGGCAGCCUAAGCAAGGAUUGCUUCAGCAGUCCUUCCACCACUCCUUCAGCAAGGACACAUACUGGACAAGGACAUACCACGGUGGUUUUACAUUAAGCAGUCACUGCAUUAAAUGUGUAAAUCAGAUUAAGGGCAGAACUUCUCAAGUGAACUCACUCUCCUGUUCCCCAGCUCUUUGGCCCUGUAGCUCAUGCUGUCCGGGCUAUACCAUAAGCCAACUUCCAUAGCCAGGCAGCUACUACCUAGAGUAGUUUAUAGCCCAAUAGCUGGAGCAUUCUCGGUUUGGGAGAGAAGAAUUUGGAGCUUCUUAAGCCGAAACCAGGAUACCAAUUGCCUGGGUAAGUGCUGUGCUACUACUACAUAACAUAAAUCAGCACAACUCAUUUUCCAGUUCAGUCGUGAAAGCAGGAGGUCAGAUUUUCUUCUGUCACUAAAAGAACAAGAUGUUUCUAUUCAGAAGAGAGGUUUCCAGACCAGGAUCCCAAAGCUCUCCAGGGUGAGCCCUUACAGUUCUGCACCAAGCAGCAAAACUCAGAAGAGAGAGAGGAGUUCAAGCACAUCCCUCUCUGGGUAUUUUCUGUGGGAGGGCUUAGACUUGCUAGUGGUUGUGAAUCCCAUUUCCACACAGCUACUUCCUCAUGCAUUGCACAGGUCAACAAAUUCAUGGGUGGAUUUGCUUCAUCUCCGUUGUUUUAGUAUCUGUAAAAUACUGUGUAGUUGGCAGAUUUUUAUUCCUUUAUAUAAGAUAUUAUUGCAUCAUUUUCUACAGAAUGACACCUGCUGACAUUUUUUCUUCAUUUCAUACAGAAAACAGAAGAAUUGUUCUCACUAAUACCUACCGUUUUAACAAAGAUCUGACAAUGAAGGGCAAGAGUGACUUACAAUCUUCCUCCAAGGUAUCUGAGGAGGAAGAAGGUGACUAUGAGACUGUGAGUUCUUCCACUCUGGAGGCCAUCCAUGCUUUGAGAAUCCUUCCAGCCAAACCUCAACAAGAAUCCGAAUAUGCAGAUAAACAUUGUUUAAGGCCUUUAGGCACCGCUUCCCCAACGAAUAGCCAGGACACAUCUCAGCCCCCUCAAUACUUGGCUAAACACACGCCUGUUCUGGAGGGGAGGAGCAUGUCAAGUGUUAGAGGAGAAAGAAUGAAAAUACAUGGACCCCAGGACCCUAUACCUCCCCCACGACCUCUGAAGACACUGCCAAAGCAGUAUCAGCCACUUCCUCCAGAGCCAGAGAUAAGCAGACAGUUCUUCUACAUGCGGAACACGCUCAGCCAAACUCACACCUUUUCAAUAUCGGCAAAAGUAACAAGACAUCUAUCUGUUAAGGAACUAAAUGAAGCACGUGGAGAAGAACAAGUUACAAAGUUUGGGAAAAAACCUGAAACAUCUUUUCAAGCACAGCAGUACAAACUAAAGGAUCAUCCUGAACCCAGCCUUCAAUGUAUGCAGACCUCUAAAAAUGUCUGGAGCUCAGGGUCCACAUUAAACACAGAAAAUUUCUCAGUGAAGAGGUCACCAUCUCCUACACCACAUGCAGCAUGCAAAAAUAAAUCAAAACAUUCACUUGUAAAACAGGAAAUGCAAUCUCUUACCCCAUCCACUGAAAAGGAUUUAAACAAAUAUGAAUGGUACCUUGGAGAAUAUGAUCGCCAUGAAGCAGAGAAGGCACUGUUACAGGAAAACACUGAUGAGACAUUUUUGGUUAGAGAUUGUUCAAAGAAAUCAAAUGCUGAACCAUACGUUUUGGUUGUCUAUUAUGGAAGAAGAGUAUACAAUAUUAAAAUACGUUUUCUGGAAGAGAGUCAACAAUAUGCACUGGGAACAGGCCUCAGAGGAGAUGUAAAAUUUAAUUCUGUGAAAGAGAUCAUUGACUUCUACAAAUAUGUUCCUAUUACACUCAUCGACGGAAAGGAUAAGUCAGGAAUCCAGAGAGAACGGUGCUACCUCACAUAUCCAUUCAAAUCUCACAGAAGAUGUUUUCUGCCUUAAUGUCACUGAUUCGUUUGUAUAGAUGUAAACAGAACAAUUGACAUGUCUCAAAAAUCUGAUUAGCCAUUGAUUGAGAAGCUCCCCAUAUUACAAAGCAUUCUAAAUGCUCCACCAAACUUGACUCCAACUGAGAAUACAGAUCUACUCCAUUUUUUGAUUCUUCUAAUCUCUUUCUAACUUUGAGGAUACCGGUACAGUAUAUGCCUAAAGUAAUUCACAGAAAAGUAUUAAGAGAGGACUGACCCCUGGUAUCUUGACAAUGACUGAAUUAUCUUGUACCCUACCUUCUAACAUGAGACAAAAAACAGACUCCAUCUUCCUUACCGAAAUGUCACUGAAGCUCAGUUAGUAGCAAAACCUAAUAAAGCGUACUACACUCAUAUAAGAAAAAACAUUCUUGCUUUUAAAAACACAUUUGAAAUGCUAUUUAUCUAAGUACUCACUGUUUUAAGAAUUUCAUUCAUUGUGUCUGUUUGCAGAGUAACAAGCUGUGCUCAGCAGCUACUGAGGUCAGCGGGUAUCAACUGAUGUUCACAGGUAUUGCAGCAGAUUAUAAAGCUAGCUUUAAUGAUGUGAAUUCUAUUACUUAACUGACACUUACUCUUCAACUUAAGUAGCAGAUAGUUGUAUUCCGUAUCUGAGCCUUCAAACACCUACUAGGACUAUUACGCAAACAGUCCCUUUGAAUUCAUACCAUGUGCAAACACAGAGAUAAAAAUCUUUAUUAAGAACAACAGAUGUGCUUCAAACUCAGCAAGAAACCAUGUUCCAGUGUGUACCAAAGACAACAAGGUAGUAUUGUUCCAGCAAAAAACUAUGGUAUUAUUUAGUCAUAUAAUUUGAGUUUUGGAAGGCUUAACUAAAUUAAGAUAUGAAAGGCAAACCAGUAUUUUUCAGCAAAGCGUCCAUAAUCUUCCUUUCUAAGCACACCCAGAAGUCUGACUAGGUAACUGGAAUAUACCCAGAAAACAACCUCAGUUACUUUAUCCUUA